AUGAAGCUUUCCCUUUCCAUCUGCGCCGCCACCAGCCUUUUGCAGACCGUCGUCGCCGGCAAUUACGACUUCCUAUACUACACCGAUCUAGGAUGCAACAGCCGAGCCUUUGGCUGCCGCGCGAUCGACCCCUGGGUCUGCUGCGGCUCGCCACCGUCGGCAUCCAACUAUAAGACCGUCAAGACCAAUGGGGGCAGCGCCUCCGCCGUCGUCCUCUUCACCUACGACGUUGACGGCCACUGCGGCAACUGCCAGUCCACGGCCAUCCUCGGCAAGUGCUACCUCAACUACCCGUUCUCCAACGGCGUCAUCAUCGCCGUCAGCAACCCCUGCCAAGCGUGGAACGCCAAGUUGUUGGCGGCCGAUGAUGGCGGCGGCGUGCGGUGCAAUGGGAAGGCGGCCCUCAACUUUGCCUCGGUGAACGGCGUCAAUUACACACUGCCACAAGGUGUGGAGGACGAGAUCGGUAAGGACCUCGUGGACCUUGGGGACGAAGAGUUUGGCAUCAAAUGGGCCCAUCUCAGAGAUGAUUGA